GAAAACGCAAAGGAGAAAUUAGCAGAUGCUGAUGGAGAUGGCGAGCAAAGCUAAGAAGAACGCGAAUGCGAAGAUGUCUCUGGAUGAUUACCUCCUCCUCAUCCAGUCUCGCUCCCACCUCCACCUCACCGUCAGCCAUCUCAAUCAGAUUAUCAGCAUGCACGGCUACAAGAAGAUCCACAAAGUUCCCAAGAAGCUUCUAAGCGACGCCGUGAACUCACUGCAGCUGGUGAACCCGUGCCGCUCCACGCUUAGGGACUAUAUCUCGCCGUUGGUGACGACGAAGAUGGAGGACGUCUUCGCCGACCUCAGCGACCUCAACUGGCAAGACUGUUGCAUCACCUCCAUCCAAACCCUCAGUUCGUGGGAGGACCAGUCCCCUCCUCCCCGAAACGGCGCCGUCCAGUUCCAACACUACUCGCCGUCCACCGCAGCCCACAGCGUGAUCGUUUCUGCUCCCGGACCGACCAAGAAGAGAUCGGCGCGGAAGAGGAAGCGGACUGCUAAAGUGGCCGAUCUGGUAAAUUUCGCCUGAGCCUAGGGGUAUUUCCGUCUAUUAGCUUCGGACCGAUGAAAAUUCUGUUUUUCUCACGGGUAGUGCGUGAAGAGGGUAUUUCGGUACUUCCGCAGUUAGCAAGGAGUUCGUGGUGUUACUGGGUUCUUUUAGUUUUGGGCACUGGAUUUUCAUUACAAAAUUGAUUUGGUAUUUUACUUAUUUGUAAGAAUUUUAAUCACUAUGGUGUUCUGUUCUUACAAGACCAACCAACUAAGUACACAUAACAUUGAAAUUGACUAGUAAUAUUUGUGAUGAUUGAUGAGUAAUCAACCCAAAAGUCACACCAAGAACAAGUAUAUUAGCCCCAGUUCAAAAGAAACAACAAUAGUGUAAAGCAAUUGCAAGUAAAUUAUCUGAAACCCAUCCUUAGGGACUUGGAUUUGGAUGAACUGGUGACUUGAAUGGUGGUAGUAUUACUAUUGGGCUCCUGAAUUGCUUUCCUUUUUCUAGUAUUUGAGGCAGAGGAGGGAGUAAUAGUUACUCUUGGACUUGGUUGGAGUGCUGUGGUGUUGAAUUGGUAUCGCCAGAGGUAGAGGUUGGUAAUGUCAGCAAGAGGCUUCCUCCUCGACCUUAGUUUCUUACAUUUCUUCUUCCAAGACCCAGACGACGACAACGACCCAGUUUGAGGAAAUGGGUUCGUCGACUUUGUAAUUGCAGAGAUCAAUGGGGGGAUGUUCUCUUUGUUGCUGUGGACCUGGUCACAGCAAGCAAUGGCCUCCAUUCGCAAUGGUUAGUGUUUGAGAUUUGGGAGAGAUGCUUUUGGAGAUGGAGGAGUUGGGUAGGGAAGGAAG